AUGCCAGAGUCAACAGAACCACCAGUCGUCGCCGUCAUGACCAACGGAACCCUCAACACCGUCAAUGGCGACCAUGUGCCGCCGCGGCCUCGCACCCCGCAGCCCAAUGGCAUGUCGCUGACCGAAUACAGCGCCAAUCCUUCCACGCCGCCUGAGGAGAGACGCAACCGCAUCAAGACCAUUGUUCCUGAGGAUUACCUUUUGCCUGAUGGAAACCCAGACUACCUCAGACUCAUCGCCGCAGCAACUUCCCGCGUCUACGAGGCCUGCAAGGUCACCCCCCUCCAGCCCGCCGUCAACCUUUCCAACCGACUCGAGUGCAAUGUCCUCCUCAAGCGCGAGGACCAGCAGCCUGUUUUCAGCUUCAAGCUGCGUGGUGCCUAUAACAAGAUGGCUCAUCUUGACCCGGCCCUCAGCUGGAAGGGCGUUGUCUGCUGCUCUGCUGGUAACCACGCCCAGGGUGUUGCCUACUCUGCCCGCAAGCUGAAGAUCCCGGCUACUAUUGUUAUGCCCGAGGCCACUCCCAGCAUCAAGCAUCUCAAUGUCGCCAGGCUGGGCGGUCAUGUCGUUCUGCACGGCGCAGACUUCGACGCUGCCAAGGAGGAAUGCGGCCGCCGUGCCACCCAGGAUGGGCUCAUCAACAUCCCUCCCUUUGACGACCCGUAUGUCAUUGCUGGACAAGGUACCAUUGGCAUGGAGCUGUUCGGCCAGAUCAACAUGUCCAAGGUGGACGCCAUCUUUUGCUGUGUCGGCGGCGGUGGCCUUAUCUCCGGCAUCGGCGUGUACGUUAAGCGCAUGGCGCCCAAUGUCAAGAUCAUUGGUGUGGAGACAUAUGAUGCCAAUGCGCUGGUUCAAUCUCUGGCCAAGGGUGAGCGCGUGGUUCUGAAGGACGUUGGUCUCUUCGCGGACGGUGCCGCAGUCAAGACCGUGGGCGAGGAGACUUUCCGCAUCUGCAAGGACGUCGUCGACGAGGUUAUCCAAGUUACUACCGAUGAGGUCUGCGCCGCCAUCAAGGACAUGUACGACGACACCCGCGCCGGUCUCGAACCCGCCGGUGCGCUCUCCAUUGCCGGUCUGAAGAAGUACGUGGCGCAGAACCCCAGCGACCGCAAGAGAAACAUGGUGGCCGUUACAUCUGGCGCCAACAUGAACUUUGACCGCCUGCGUUUCGUCGCCGAGCGCGCGACGCUCGGUGAGGGUAAGGAGGCUUUGCUGGCCGUCAGCAUCCCCGAGAGGCCUGGCGCCUUCGCCAACCUCAUCAGCACCAUCAUGCCCCACUCCGUGACCGAGUUCUCCUACCGCUACGCCACGGAGGAGGUCGCCAACGUGCUCAUUGGUAUUUCAUUGACGGCGCCCGCGUCGCAGAGGACUCAGGAGCUGCAGACACUACUGGAACGCCUCCGAUCCAGUGACAUGUCGGUGACGGAUCUCUCCGGCGACGAGCUCGCCAAGAGCCACAUCCGGUACCUUGUCGGCGGACGCUCCAAUGUGCCCAACGAGCGGCUCUACAUGUUCAACUUCCCCGAGCGUCCCGGCGCUCUGGAGAAGUUCCUCAAGACUUUGAGGCCGAAAUUCAACAUCAGCUUGUUCAACUACAGAAACUACGGCGGCGAUGUCGCCAAGAUUCUCGCAGGUAUCGUGUGCCCCGACGACGAGGUCGACGAGCUCGAGACGUUCCUGACCGAGAUUGGAUACCCCUGGGAGGACUGCAGCCAGUCGUCUGUCUUCAAGACUUUCCUCCGUAGCUGA